GAAACAGUUCGAUUCGCCUCCAUACUCACAGACGGUGGAGUUGGAGAGGCAGGCGGAGGUGCGAUGUCACCCGCCUCCAGGGGUGCCUCCCCCUCGCGUAUACUGGUUACGGAACGGCGUACCCUUGGAAACCGACACUAACCUAAUUGUAUCCAGCGAGGGCCAUCUCCUCGUGGGCCAGGCGCGCCUUCAGGACACCGCCAACUACACAUGCGUUGCGGAAAACGUGGCGGCCAGGCGUGUCAGUGAGCCCGCGCUGCUUACUGUUUAUGUAAAUGGAGGUUGGUCACCAUGGUCACAGUGGUCAGACUGUAACACGAGGUGUGGCAGAGGUGUCCAAAAGAGGAGUCGCCUGUGUACGAACCCAGCUCCUCUGAAUGGAGGUCUUGCCUGCCAGGGAUCACCAGUCCAGAAGACAGAUUGCACCACUGUGUGUCCAGGAGGAGUGUUCGAUGAGAACACAGUCAUUAUUGCAGUGGACGGUCGGUGGACCUCGUGGUCAUCCUGGUCGGCGUGCGGACCAGACUGCAAGCACCAUCGCCGCCGAAGUUGCACGAAACCGUCGCCCAGUAACGGCGGGAAAUACUGCCCAGGCAGGGAUCUCGUUUCCUCCAAUUGCACAGGAGAAUUGUGCCCUGGGGGGAAAGAAGUGAACUCUGACGGAGGGCAACUCGCAGAAGAAGCAACGCGCGCCGAGGUGGAGACGGACGUUGCCCUGUAUAUUGGACUCGCCGUCGCUUUUGCCGUCUUCACUCUGGUGGCCGUGUUUAUCUUCCGCCUCCUGAGGAGGAAGGGCCGGGACCACAGCAUGUACAACAUGGCGGCUUCCGAAUAUCAACCAGAGUACUUCCCGGAGCACGACAAGAAGAACCUGUCUCUGCAACAACCCUCACAGCAGCCGGACUUGACACAGACCGUGGUAGGCGUGUCGGUGCCUCCGUGCUACGAGUACCCCUACUCGGACCCACCCAACAGCAAGAACGGCGGGCUAUCUCGCUCCUGCAGUGAACAUCACUACGAUGUCCCGCACCUGAGUAGUCCCCCUGGGGAUCCCCCGACAUCCCCCUCGACAUCCAGCCAUUCUAUGGACAGUAGCAGCUGUCCUGUCACUGCCACGCCGCCUGUAGAGACAUCUAGCGAGAAGCCUGCACACUCUGAUUCCAACCAUAGCAUCAGCAGCUUCUGUUCUUCAUCCUCCAAACCUGAUUCAACUUAUGACAUUGCAGCCCAAACCACUACGCCAACAACCCCUCCACCAUCUAUCAUUGCUGGUGUAGAUCCAGAAUGUAUUGUUUCUGCAACUGUAACAUCAGCUGGAGCCAGGCUCAGCCUACCUGAGUCUGGCAUUUCACUCAGUGUGCCUGAAGGGGCUUUAUCAAGAGGACAGAGAGAAGAUGUAUUCCUAGCUGUACUCCGGGAAGACAGACAUCGCCCAAAACUUUCAGAUCGUCAGACACAACUGAGUCCUGUAGUGAUUUGUGGUCCAGCAAAUGUAGCAUUCAAGAAGCCAGUGAUUGUGAACUUUCAUCACUGCGCCAGUCUGAAACAUGGGCACUGGAGUGUUUCUGUUUGGUGCAGCUAUUCACAGCCAGAAGAGCCUCCGGUGUGGCAGAAAGUUGUGACACUGGGUGAGGAGACAAUCAAUACUCCAGUAUUUACACAGCUGGACCAUGGACAAGUGUAUCUGGUGACUGAUCAGCUCACUCGCUUUGUUCUGGUUGGGGAAUCAGCUGGAAAUUGCAACAAGGCUGUGAAGACACUGAGACUAGCAGUAUUUGCCCCGUCACCAAUACUACAUCCACAAUCACUUGAUUAUAAUGUUAGGGUGUACACAUUAGAGGACAACAUGGCAGCCCUUGAGGGAGUGCUUCAGAUGGAGAAAAAGCUGGGAGGUUGCCUAAUGGACAAACCAAAGACCAUGUUAUUUCAAGAUGGUGGUGCUAGUUUAUGCCUUAGUAUGGAAGACAUAGGUCCAGGUUGGAAAAGCAAACCUCAGGCUGACUAUCAGGAAAUUCCAUUCCAUCACAUCUGGAGUUCAUCACAUAAUCACCUGCAUUGUUCCUUCACAUUGGAGUGCACUGACAGACUGAUGCAUACAGUGGCCUUCCGAAUACUGGCAUGCCAAAAAGGAAGCCAGACACACCGCCAGAUGUUCAAAGUUAACACUGACCUGCAUACUUCUGUACCUAACAUGACUGUGGUUCCAAGUAGCCCAGCACUGUCACGCCCCCCACGAGCCCUCACGGUGACAACUAGCAGCGGCUGCAGUUCAAUGGUAACUACGUUGGAUCCAACUACGACAUCACCUUUCAGAUUGCAUCGGUCUCUUCGGAAACAGCUGUGUCUUUGUCUGGAUCCUCCCAAUGCUCGAGGUAAUGACUGGAGAAUGCUGGCACAGAGUCUCAAUGUUGACAGGUACAUCAACUACUUUGCAACAAAAGCUAGUCCAACAGGGCACAUUUUGGAUUUGUGGGAAGCAAGGCAUAGAGACCCCACAGCUGUUACAGACCUCCUCAACAUUCUGAGGGUGAUGGGGCGUUCUGAUGCUGCCUCACUACUAGAGAAGGAGUUGGGCCCCUGGAUAUAACGAGUGCUUGUACAGAUCAGUGGACCAAUGCUUCAUCCUUGUGUACAUAUGCAUUUAAAGAUAAAGCGAGUCUGAGAUAGUUUAUUUUAAAAAUUCUGAUGCUGCCAUAGUUUAACGUUGGAGUUCUGUGACUAGGAAAUAGUGUGGUGUAACACCACUAUAUAGAGGACUGAUUGAUACUUGUAGAUACUAGGUGAAAGUGGUAAUACUAUUUCAACUGCAGAAACAUGACAUUAGUUUCAUGUUUGCCUGUGGUUGUAGGAAGGUUACAGGUUGUCGAACCAAGAAUUAUCAUUAUGAGUAUGUUAGGUUCAGACUAUAAUGUUUUGUGAGACACCCUAAAGAAUACAUUAAAACAAUUUUAGUGCUCAUUAUGAAGACUCAGUUGUGGUGUUUAAUCAGCCAUAAUGUACCAGGAAAUCCCUUGCCUUACUUAGAUGGUACUGGCAAAUAUACUGCAUUAAAAAUUGUAAAUUUUCAUUGAAAAAUACAGUUUUCAUCACAGGCAUAUGUCUUUGUUCAUGAGGGAUAUAUUCCUGAGAUGUCUGAGUAUAUGGUCAUGGACUCUGAUAGGAUGUAUCGUUUUGAUGAAUUAUGUGUUAUUAUUUUUUCUCUUCACAGUUUUUACAUUUCCAGUUACAUUGCUGAUAUCGUUUUUCUUUCCUUUGGGAGGCAUAGGUGCAAAGGAAAUAUGAAAGAAAAAAGGUAAAUUUUAUGAGAUGUUGUUGGUACAGUUGUGAGGUGCAUAAUGAGGCAUGCGAUAGCAUAUGUGUGUGUUAGAUGCUAGAAGACUUAAGUGAAGCUAAUAAAUUGGCACCAUGACAAACUAUUCAAAGAAAAUUUACUAUAAUAUAUUCUUGGAGGCUCAAUUGCAAGUAAAAAAAAAUGAAUAGUGAAUUCAUGAAUAUGGGUAACCACAUAUAUCGCAUCUGAUUGUAGGUACCAACAGAAGAAUAUUUUAAAUGAUGCAAUGGUUUUAAGAUUAUUGUGUUUGAACAUGUUUGAAAUUUAUAUACCAUACUUAGAAAUUCUAGCUAGAACAAUCAGCAGAAAACAGUGGGUCCCAAGCUUUGAGAUUGGUGAACCUCAAAGCUUGUGCACAGCUAUUUGGAAAUAUUACAUUCCUGCACCACUGCAGAAACUGUUUGUGAAGUGCCAUGCUUACAUGAAAGAAGGAAGUGCAUAAUAUACUGGUACUGAGAUCUGUACUGCAGAUUUCUUCACAAAGAUAGAGAAACUGUGGCAACUUUCUUCUGCUGUUUCUCAUGAUUUUGUAAACCAAUUCUGUCCUUCAUUUUUUCCUUCCAAAUUCUUAGGAAAUAUUAUGAUUUUACUGUGUGAACAAUUGAUUCUUCUUUCACUGAUGUCUGUAGCAAUUUACAGCCUUACUGUAUAUAAUGUUCUGUCUAUAUAAUAUUGUUCUGCUUGAGUUUUUUUUUACAGACAUCUUCUCAGCUUAGAGAAUAACAGUUACUUGUCAUCAUAUGGGACUGGCAGUCAUAUUUUAACUUAGAGGUGUAACUGUCAUCAUCUGUGAAUAGAGGAUUUUAAAUUAUACAAUAUUAUUGGACUGGUGGCCACAUUUUAUUUCAGGGGUUAAUUGUAUUGGCUGGCUGUAUCAUGUAUGCGGUUCAUUGAGCACUACAAUGCAUAGUUGGUAGUGGUUCAUAUGAAAAAUUCAUUAAGUCUUAAUUAUCUGAACAUUUCUUAGCGAGAAACUUUCUGUGUACAGUAUGCAGUUCAAAUUUAUGCCAUAUGGUUUCCUGGACUUCAAGUAACUGCUUGUGAACCGUAUGUUGUUUUUCUGCUUUGUAAUGCUUCAACAUGUAAAAAACCCAUAAAAGUCUGGAAUGUGCAUUUUAGUACAUUAAUCUUAAUGACAUGGAAAUAGGAGCUUAUGGUCAGCUUUUAAGUUACAGGUAACAGUUAUAGUGCUGGAAGAGAAUAUAAUGCUUAGCCAGCUAACCACAGGCAUGCACUUUUAUAAUAGGGCAUCUCACAGACAGUUGAGGUUAAUCAAUCAAAUGUGAAUUAGAAGUUCAUAGUUUUGUUUUCACUAUUUAAAUAUUUAAUAAGGUUUUAUUCUCAGUCUCUUAAGAUAUGUUCUCAAAGUCAGAAAAAUAAACCUUUAUGAAUGUCCAUGAUAACUUCAAGGGAGGUGUUAGAUUCUCAGGUGGUCAGGGAGUUUCAGGAAUUCUGAGAUUUGAUGACCAUGUCCUGACUUGCUUUCUGAUUUUGGAGUGAUUGUUGAAAUUAAAGAUUCAGUCAUCGAACCUCUUAAACGUGAUGCAUCCUGUCCUAAUUAUGUGAUCAGCACACUUGUUAACAUAGUGUCAUGUACGUUUUGUUAUUAUGUUUUCAUCUGUUGGAUUUGUAGUUUUAAUAUUCCAAGUCUGUUGCUAAGUGAUAUGAAGGUACACGUUUGGUGCUCUAGUAUAUAAUCUGUGCAGUCAGAAAAGCUACAAGAAGAAAUAUACAGUAAGAACAGUUUUAUUAAAGCUAUGCUGUUCUCUAUGGUUCUGUAUGUAGCAUAUGAAUUACUUAGAAACCUGAACCUGUAUAACUGAUAUAUGAAUAAUGUAAGUGUAAAGCAUCACCUAUUGUAUAAAAGCAAAUUGAAAACUUAAAACAAGCAUGGUGAACCACUGCCACAAAUUGGCAUGCCAGAGCAGUGUGUUGUGUCUUCCCGCAAGUACUAUCAUGUGGAAAUUAUGCUGGUAGGUAUAUUUGCUUGGGAUACAAAAUUUUAACUUGAUGUUUUAUGGAGCAUUAGCUGAAGUAAAUGUGACCAGUAUUUUGACCCAGGUGUAUGACAGUUUCCAGCCACCAAAGUGGUCUCAGUACUUCUGAAAGAUUGUCUUUUACCACUAGAACUUUAUAGUAUAUUCUUUUAUGUUUCUUUGUUCUCUUUGAGGCUGUAAAUGUAAUUUCAGGAACAGUUUUUUGUUAACAAUUUUCAGUUAUUUUGGUUUAUGGUUACAAGAAAAACACUUAAAUAGAUGUAAUAUACACAUCACAUUUAAAUAUUUGGAAUAUGAAAUCCUUUCCCUAGCAUCAGUAUCUUUCAUGUCACUGUACAUUUUCUGCAGUCAAGGUAGCAUUACUUUAUUAGUCGUCAUGUUGACUUACAUAUUUCCAAAUAUAUGAAAGUUUACAAAAGGACCUUGAACAAUGAUUUCUUAAAUACUGCACCAUUCUUAAUAUUUACAAUUUUUCAAACCAUUAAAUCUUGGAAACUGUAAUCAUGCUGCAUAAAAUAAUUUAUAAUGUUGUGUUUUAGUGUCCUGUUGCACUGAUUUUCAUCCAUGAUAUGUAUACAGUGGCCA